CGCGGCGAUUGGCUGCUGUGAGCUGAGGCCGCUCGCUCAUUGGCUGGGAGCAUCGUCCGCCCGGAGGGGCCCGGCGGCGGCAUGGUUCGCUUCAAGAACAGGUACGUGCUGUGCGAGGUGCUCUCGGAGGACCCGCGGUGCCGGCAGUGCAUCGAGGACCGCGCGGUGGGCCUCGCCGUCAGGGACGCCAUCGCGCGGGCGCACGGGGACUACGGGCUGGGGUGCUGCUGCGUGUCCUUCACAGUGAAGUACCUGAACGCCUACACCGGCACCGUGCUGCUGCGCUGCCGCAAGGACUUCCAGCGGCUGCUGAGCUCGUCGCUGCCGCUCGUCCGGCACCUGGAGGGCCGCGGGCAGCGCUUCCCCUGCGCGCUGCGCACGCUGCACGUGGGCGGCACCAUCAGAACCUGUCAGAAGUUUCUCAUCCAGUAUAACAGAAGGCAGCUGCUGCUGCUGCUGCAGAAGUGUACGAAUGAAGAGGAGAGGCGCAGCGUGCGGCAGGCGGUGCUGAGCUGCUCGCUCACAGAAGAGCAGGCACAGAGCGGGGAGGAGGAGGAGGAUGGCACGGAGACAGACUGAGCAGCACUUGUUCACCUUUGUUCUGCAUCUGCGUCGUUGAAGUGAUACCAAGUAUCUUCCCGUGCUAAGUAAAGCAAGGAAAGGUGCUUUUCCUAUCUCUACUUAUAUUUCGUUUCUCCAAGUAUUCUUAAAUAAAAUCAUUCAAAAAACCACAAAAGAUUACACUUCAGUAGGUUUCUUGCCUCUUUUAUUCCAGGAUUCAAACCUUUGACUGCUCCUAAGGAGCAAAGCUCAAUGUGAUCUUUGUGCUGAGGUAGAAGUGAGCUUUAGGCAGUUGGCAUGGGAAAGAAAUAUAGUUACGCUCCUUUGGUACAGAGAGCAAUAACUGCAGUUUUUAACCUUAUCUUCCAGUGCAGCUGUUCUUGAUAGGGUUGUUUAGUGCUUCAAGUCACAAAAGCACUGAUUGUCUACACAGGAGCAUAGACUACAGGGAACACAAGGUGGAACUACACAGCUCAGCUCCAUCCAACCCACUUUAAAACUCAUAGGUACAAUUACUGCUUAGAUAUUUAUUAAGGUUACACCAAUCGGUUACAGAAAAGUAGCACUGCUGCUCACAUCUCUUGAAUCCAUUGGAAAACAAGACAUAACUUGAAGAUCUGCCCACUGGAGACUGCCCCUGCACACAGAACAGCCUUCUUUACCUGCACUUCUUGCCUUACUUGUUAGAGUGCCUGUGAGACAGGGAGGUGAGUUGUACCAGCUCCAACUCCUCUCUCUUGUCAACACAAA